CACCUUCUUGGCCCCACCUCUGUGAAGCAGUUUUUAAAGACUGAAAAUUUCAGAAAUUUGGUGACCUUCUUUUCACUUUAGAAAUUAUUCUAAAUUCAUACUUUUUCAUUAUUGUGGCUUGCUUUUGUGUUAGUCUUGAAUUUUAAUAUUAUGAAUAUAUGGUUUAAAUGGCAGCACUGUUAAUUGUUUUGUUGGUUAGGGUUUAUAGUAUACACAUUUAAGGAAUAAAGCUAGAAUAAAUAUCUCCAUUUAUAGAAAAGUAUCUUUUGGAUUCCAGAAUUGAAACACUUAGCUAUACUUAUCAUAAUUUAGUAAACCUGGUGAAAUGCAUGCUUUAGGGAAAAUUCUUUUUGUUGUUUGUCAACCUAGAAAGAAACUCUGUUCUAAAUUUUUGCAUGGUUUACAAAUGUCUUAUUUGCCUAUGAUGAAUAACAGUUGCUGAAGAAUAUCCUCUUUACUGAGUACAUGAGGAUCCAUGUAAAAAGCAGUCCCCUUUCCAUUUCCUGUUAGUCAGCCAUUUACUGGUGAUGUACUUUUUGAUGAUUUGUAAUGUUGCUAAUACAGAAUACAGCAUUCACUCUUUUUUUUAACAGCUCAUGCAUCUAAGAACACAUAUACGCGAAGGUACAGUGUAUAGCAUAUUUUUGGAUACUGUGAUAUUCUCCACUCUUCUAUUAUAAUUAGAGGCAUUUCCAGUAUUUGACAGUUAUGAAGAAAAGUUGUGAUCAGAGGACCUUUGAUGUAUAGAUUGUCAGUAUUUAAAGAGACCACAUCAUGCGUGAGUACAAGCUAGUGGUCCUUGGUUCAGGAGGCGUGGGGAAGUCUGCUCUGACAGUUCAGUUUGUUCAGGGAAUUUUUGUCGAAAAAUAUGACCCAACGAUAGAAGAUUCCUACAGAAAGCAAGUUGAGGUAGAUUGCCAACAGUGUAUGCUCGAAAUCCUGGAUACAGCAGGAACAGAGCAAUUUACAGCAAUGAGGGAUUUGUAUAUGAAGAAUGGCCAAGGGUUUGCACUAGUAUAUUCUAUUACAGCUCAGUCUACAUUUAAUGACUUACAAGACCUGAGGGAACAGAUUUUACGGGUUAAGGACACAGAAGAUGUUCCAAUGAUUUUGGUUGGCAAUAAAUGUGACCUGGAAGAUGAGCGAGUAGUUGGCAAAGAACAGGGUCAGAAUUUAGCGAGACAGUGGUGUAACUGUGCCUUUUUAGAAUCUUCUGCAAAGUCAAAGAUCAAUGUUAAUGAGAUAUUUUAUGACCUGGUCAGACAGAUAAAUAGAAAAACACCAGUGGAAAAGAAGAAGCCUAAAAAGAAAUCAUGUCUGCUGCUCUAGACCCACAGUACGCAGCAGCUCUGAGCCAGAUUACAGGAAUGAAGAACUGUUGCCUAAUUGGAAAGUGCCAGCAUUCCAGACUUCAAAAAAUACAUCUGAAGAGGCUUCUCCUGUUUUAUAUAUUAUGUGAAGAAUUUAGAUCUUAUAUUGGUUUGCACAAGUUCCCUGGAGAAAAAAUUGCUCUGUGUAUAUCUCUUGGAAAAUAAGACAAUAGUAUUUCUCCUUUGCAAUAGCAGUUAUAACAGAUGUGAAAAUAAAUAUACUUGACUCUAAUAUGAUUAUACAAAAGAGCAUGGAUGCAUUUCAAAUGUUAGAGAUUGCUACUAUAAUCAAAUGAUUUCAUAUUGACCUUUUUAUCAUGAUUCUUCCCUGUCAAGCACUAAAAAGUUGAACCAUUAUACUUUAUAUCUGUAAUGGUAUAGAUUAUGAAAAUUCCCCUCAAACUCAUUGCAGCAGAUAACUUUUUUGAGUCAUUGACUUCAUUUUAUAUUUAAAAAAAUUAUGAAAUAUCAUUCUGUCAUUAUAUUCUAAUUAAAAUUGUGCAUAAUGCUUUGGAAAAAUGGGUCUUUUAUAGGAAAAAAACUGGGAUAACUGAUUUCUAUGGCUUUCAAAGCUAAAUAUAUAAUAUACUAAACCAACUCUAAUAUUGCUUCUUGUGUUUUACUGUCAGAUUAAAUUACAGCUUUUAUGGAUGAUUAAAUUUUAGUACAUUUUCAUUUGGUUUGUGUGUUUUGUUAUUGUUUAUAGAUUUAAGGCCUUUAUUUUAUAAUGACCAGAUUGUUUUAAAUGCCGCAGUAAACCCGUUUCUACCUGGUGCCCGCAGAACACUUGGCUUUGAAGCCUACUAAAUAACCAGUGAUUUCUCUAGAAACAAACCUCGGGCUUUCUGUUCUGGAUGUAUUUAUUCCUACUGUACAGUAAAAUACACCAGACUACGUAGAAUAGUUUUGUAUAUUCUCUCUUGAUCUUAAAGAUUGUAUCUUAUUGGAUGAAAAUAUCCCACUGUGUAUUAUUUUUUAUAUGUAAAAAUAAGUUUAAUACUGUAUCAGGGUUUAACUUUUACUAUUUCAAAUCUGCCACAGCUUGUAAUGUCGUCAAGGGAGUCCUUUUGCCAUUGUCAAUUUGUUGGCUAUGAGUCCAUGAUUGAAGUGUUAUGUGAAAAUUCUAAAACUUGCUUUAUAAUAGACAGGAGAAUUUGAGAGAAGUGAGUGAAAAAGUUAAAAAGUA